GUUGUCCACCACGACAAACUGACCUCGAAAACACCUCAGAUUCGGACCUGUAAUUUGCAAAGUCCCUCUGAAACCCUACAAAAGCGGCAACAACGCACGAGACCAGUGCGACCCACCUUGCGACGAUUGCACUCUGCGCCCAAAAAAAGCACGUCGCGUGCUUGAUAUCAGACUCUCAAUGAAGAGUCUGUAAACCAGAGCCUCUCCAGCAAUACUCCCACGUUCCAUGCGUCCAGAAGAUCUUCUACGAGCACUGUCCAAGCCUCAGAAGCCUAGAUAACACCAUCUCGACGACCUCGACCUACCAAAGCACCACCUUCCCACAGCCUAUCGACCCGAUACUUCCGCCGGGUAUCGGAGACCUGUUCACCUCGACCCGCGCAUAGUCGGCACCAUUCCCCGCCGCAAGAGCUCCCAUAUCCUUUCCUGCGGAAGACCUCCAUAACACGACCAAGGUCGUCUACCACAUUCACAACCGCUUGCUGCUGGCGUAAGCCAGCCUCCAACUCGAAAAGAAGGGUGUGGGCCUUCUCUCCUCAGGCGAUCUUGAGACAGUCGCUGAGGCAGCAGACAGAGCUAUCACAGUUCAGAGGAUCAGCGGACACACAGCCGCCUGCGCCAGGUCAAGAGGCACAAGUGCACAAGUGCGUGAUCAAGAAACCAGCCGAAAGAGCAAGCAUUGGAAAUGGUGAACACUACGAUCCCACCCAACUAUACCAAUUCUCCUUCCUCAUUGAGUGGAACUCCGCAUUGGACGAUCAAUCGAGACAUUACUGCUCUCGAUCUUGACUCCAGCAAUGCAUUUGAAGGACCAGAGAAGCUCCUAGAAGUAUGGUUCACGGAGUCGGACAAGGCGCUGCCGCCUUCGGCAGUGCCAAAUGGGCUGAAGGCCGUAUCUCAGGACACCUGGAAGGAAAUGCUUGACCUAGUCAACUGCAAGGUUCUGUCAGUCAUCGAGUCUGGCAAUGUCGAUGCGUACUUGCUCUCGGAGUCGAGCAUGUUCAUCUUCCCACACAAGCUCGUGCUAAAGACUUGCGGCACGACUACUCUGUUGCGUGGGCUGCCACGCAUUCUGGAAAUCGCAGCUCUAGAAGCGGGCUUCCCGCACGUCAAGGCCAGCCUGCCAGAAGGCACCAGUGCGGCGGCUAAGCCACAUCGUGUCUUCUACAGUCGCAAGAACUUCUUGUUCCCCGAUCAACAGAAAGGGCCACACCGCAGCUGGCGCGACGAGGUGCGGUACUUGGACAGGAUGUUCUUGGGCGGUAGUGCAUACAUGAUUGGCAAGAUGAACGGCGAGCAUUGGUACCUUUAUAUUACCGGACCAGGCACUGAAUUGACUCCUCCUUCCACUCCCGAAGAGGAGAUUCAUCAGACUCCGACCCAGCAAAUGGUUUUGCCAGAGAAGGGAAGGCGCAUGCCGGAGAAUGAAACGGGCGAUGAAACUUUGGAAAUCCUCAUGACCGAUCUGGAGGUGCAAAAUGCUCGCAAGUUCUAUCUCGAGGACGCCAGCUUGAUUGCGCAAGACAAUGCUCGCUGCUCCCACCUGGCCCGCAAGGACGCAAUCGCUCAUCUCGGCGUGAUCCAGGAGCACAACAACUCCGAUCCUAGUAUCUCGGGGAACACUUUGGUUACUGGUAGCGACGAUGCUAGCUUUGAUGUCUUUGCUCAGACUGCCAAGGAGCACGCAGAGCUCAGCUCGGAGUCUGAUGAUGAGCCGCUCACCUUUGGUGAAGAGCUCAGCACCGAAGGCCACACCUUAGGAACAGUUGUGACCGAAGCUUGCGGACUUGCAGAUGUGUACCCAGCAUCCAAGUAUCCGGACGCCCGUAUCGACUCCUACCUCUUCACGCCAUGUGGCUACUCAGCGAAUGGAGUUGUGCCAAUUCCCGGCGAUGCUGAGAACACUCACUACUGGACUGUGCACGUCACACCUGAGCCACAGUGCUCCUAUGCCAGUUUCGAGACCAACGUGCCGACUCGUCAAACCGGACGCUCCACGGUCGAUGUGGUGCAGCAGGUUGUGGGCAUCUUCAAGCCUGGCCGCUUCAGCGUCACGCUCUUUGAGGCAAAGGACGGCAGCGAGAAUGGUAACGCAAAGAAUGACAAGCGAAUGGACCGCAUCAAGGGCUACAAGCGCAUCGAUCGCGUCGUGCACGAUCUGGAAGGUUACGAGCUCGUCUUUAGGUAUUUCGAGCGUGAUGACUGGAAGGGUGGUGCACCUCGCUUGGGAGAGCACAGCCCAUGAAGAAUGACUUUGCGCAAAAUGCAAGGGCUCGAUAAUGAUUGCGUUAGUAUUUCCUCAUCUCCUUCUGACAAAUUGAUUUUAUGCGAUAUGCUUUGCUUGCUCAAUGCGAUUGCUUGUCUGCGUACUACAUAUUUUUGCGUAUGAUAACGGCCGUCACAAUAUGUCAAUAGACUGUUCAGAAUCCUGCUUCAUCAUCCGCGUCAUAGCCUUCGUGGUGCGCGUCGAA